AUGGCGMCCUCGAAGGAUGCUGAGCCCUUCAAGCGGAAGCGAGCGGCAGAGAAUAUUCUGCUGAGCUCUGUCAAGAGGGCACGCAUUCCUAACGAGGACGACAACACCACCGCGGACGAUCAGGCCAACACCAAUACCAAUGCUACCACGGCCUCGAGUGCAGCGUCACUGGCCGACGACACCGCCUCAGUCACUGCCACUGCAUUCACGACCGCCUCGGGUAAGGAUAAGCCCAAGAGUGCGCCGCGGAAGAAGCACAUUCCAUGCACCUACGAUGGUUGCGACAAGAUGUUCAGCCGCCCUGUCCAUCUCCAAAACCACCUAAACUCACACUCCGGCGAGCGACCGCACGCCUGCAGCGAGGAGGGUUGCGAUAAAGCAUUUCUCAAACGUGAACACCUUGUGCGUCAUAUCCAGGAAAAGCAUGGCGACGAAACCUUUGUCUGCACCUACACUAUGCGAAAUCACGUCACGGGCGUGCUGGAGCCGUGCAAUAAGCAGUUCGCUUCAGCUCAAAAGUACAAGCGACAUUUUGCCGUCCACGAGGAGAAGGAGGAAACAACUUGCUCUUGGGAGAAUUGCAACAUGGUUUUUCGCAAGCAGGAGACGCUCCAGCGUCAUAUCAAGAAGGAUCAUCUGCACGAGGAUUCGUAUAUGUGCUCACGUACCACGACAGAUGGAGAAGCGUGUGGACAAUUCUUCCCGACCCCAGGUCUUCUAAGAAGCCAUAUUCACCGCGAGCACGAACCGCCAAAACACUACUGCAAGAUCUGCACUUGUGCCGCCAAUCCGCUGACCGAGCAGGAUGUCCUGCCAGUGGUGAAGAACGAACUGGAUCCGGAAUUCCUGCCUCCUCCAGAAGACACGCUGUCCUAUCGCGAUGGUCUCGAAUCCGGCGUCAUGCAGAACCUCAGCCUCAACGAUAACCCUAUCAUGCUGCCCGCGGAGGCCAUUGUGAGCUUCCUGACUUACCACGAGCUUCAGCGUCACAUGACUCUCGUGCAUCCGCCAACUUGUAAUGAAUGCGGAAAGAAGUGCAAGACCCCCAAGGAUCUCGCCGCUCACAUCGACAUUCACCAUACCCCUGAUGGCGAGCGUGUUGAGCUUGAGAAGAAAUUCGUGUGCCCGCGAGAGGGUUGCCCUCGUGCCGUCCUUGCAAAUGGUUUUCAUAAGAAGGGAAACAUGGCGGCCCAUGUGAAGACGGUUCACGACGGGAAGAAGAAGUUCAUCUGCGGCGAGUUCGAUCUUAGUGGUAAUGAAAAGGUCGAUCGGUGGAAUGGAAAGGGCUGCGGAGCCGGACUUACCACCAAGCACAGUCUCAUCAAUCACAUUCGGACGCAGCAUCUGGGAAUCCCGAUCUCCGAGAAGUCUACGGGCAACAUCGUCGCCCGUCCCAAACGUGGCAACCGAUCGGCCAUGUCCCAGCAGAGCCGAGGAGGAGCUCAAGGCCAAGUUGAGACUGAGGACGAAAGCGAGGAUGAUGAUGAAGUUGACGGAGAGGUUGACUAUGACCAAAUGGAUGUCGAUCAGCCCAGCAAGAAGCCAAGCGUUGCCCUCGCGAUGUUGACUGGAUCUGGAUACCACGAGCUGCGACCUAUUGCCUGCUUGACCAAUGGCUGCCAGGUGAGAUUCAAUACGGUGUACGAGCUGAGCUUCCACCUGGAGCUCACGCAUGGAUGGAACGUCGACGACAUCAACGAAGCUACCGGGCGCGGAGAUGCGGGAUUCCUUUCGAGCGAGGAAUUGCAGAAGCGAAACUCGGGGGACAACGUGGGCUCUGGGCGCGACGAGACGGAACUUCUCUCGAACAGUGAACUCACCCGACGGGAACUGGAAGCCAGUGGCCCCAUCAACCCGCAUCUGGCUUGA